UUAUGGAGCCUCUGAGUCGACAGAAUGAAACUCUCCACUGUUGUGAUAGUUCUCCUGACUAGGGCUCUUAUUGGAGAGCUGGCCACUGCAUUAAAUGUGACCGUCACCCCGGGGCCCAUCAGCAUGUGUCUGGAAGGAGACAACAUCACGCUGUCCUGUUUAGUAUCUCAAAAGAAGAGAAGCAGCAGUCUGCUGGUGCUCCGCUGGCUCUACCUGCCCACCCCUGAAGAUGAACACCUCGUGGUCCGGAUGGGCAUGAAGAAAGCCAAGUAUUACGGCAACUACAGCAAACGCUUUCCCCAGACCAAAUUUCUUCUUUGGGAGGAGAUGGAUGGCCAGGUCUUCCGUCUGAUGAUCUUGAAUAUGACCACAGAGGAUGGAGGCAACUACACGUGCAAAGCGCAGGAAAUACGGAAGCACAGAAAUAAAUGGAGGUCAUCGGCAAAUGGAACGGGGAGCGUGGAAUUACGAGUACAUCAUAUACCAAGCACAAGAACAACUGAUGUCAUAUGGCGUAUGUUUGAAGAUUUAUACCUGUGUGCGGUGCUCAUUUGCUCCAUUGGACUCAUUUGUAUAUUUGUUUUUGCCAUGACUAUCACAUGUCAGCAUCUACGGCAAAAACGAAGCCUACAAGCCAGUUAUUACCUAGUAAAGUGCCCAGAAAAUAGCUCUGGAGAAACAGUAACCAGUGUGGCCAGCUCCUCUCCCGCAAUGCACAGAAAGGAGAAAAGACACAAACCAGAGUUCAGAGACAUCACUUCACUACACUACACAACUACGCCCGUAUCAGCACCACAGAUCCCAGCGAAAGCACCUGUACCCAGGAAGCCACGUAGAACAAAACUUUUAAAGCCACAACAUACAAAGACUCACAUGUCAAGGGUGGCAGACGACAGCCUGACCUAUGCAGAACUGGAGCUGGUUAAACCAAAGCCGGAGCUGAAAACAGAUUCCACCGGAUGCCCACAGCUCGAGUCCAACACAAACUGCACAGGAACAGUAUAUGCCCAAAUACUCUUUGUUGAGAAGCAAGUGUAAAUAUGUAUUUUAAGAGAUUCAUACCAAAAUUAUUUAUGAGAUUUUAAAUAUUUUGUACCUAUACGUAUGGGUGUUCUGUUAUUUUACGUGUACUAGUAUUACUAGUAUUACUAUUAAUAUGUUUAAGCAACACCAUGUUUUGUACUGAUAUACGGUAUAUUUCGCCACAUUUAUGUCGCAUUUAGGUAAAAUUUGAGGCCUGGUUUUUAUGACAAAAACACUGUUGGAUUUAACCAAACAUGCAUAAUUGUUUAUGCAGUUUUGUAUGAGAGAUGUAUUUUGAUAUGUGGAAAUAAAAACGAUGAGAAAAUAGUACACUUACUUAUGUCAGAAUAUACUGACUGUAUUUUUUUGUUGUUGUUGUUGGUUCACCUUAAAAUGGUUACCAUUUAAUUCAACUUAAAAAUACUAGUUAACUCAAUGAAUUUCUAGGCUGAAAAAAGUCGUUGAGUUGACUUAUAUUUUUAAGUUGAAUCAUUUCAAAAUUUUAAGGCAACCAGGUAACUUAUUAUGUUGAACCAACAAAGUUUUACAGUUCAGAAAUGGUCAGAACUCUACAAAGCUUUGAAUGACUAAUUAUAAACAUUUACAAUCUGAAAUGUAAUCCAAUUGAACGCAUUUUAAAUUCAAAUUGUAAAACUUUUAAGAUAAAAAUAUAUUAAGAGAAAUACUUUUACAUUUUCCCACAACUUUAACAUCCUUUGCUCUUGCUAGUUCAUAGUUGGUGUGAUGAUACUGAAGAAUAACUUUUAUGAGUGCAAAAAAUCCACGUAGUCUCUCAAAGAAUAUUUCUUCGUUAAAAUUGCAUUGACAAUAAUACAAAAACAAGCUAAACUCUGCCUAAAAUAGUUUUGAAUUAGAUUCUUAAACGGGGGGCGCAGAUACUUCAGGUGGGGCGCGACGGUUCCCCGACACCCCAACCUUUGGAACUCGACCUCGAAUGCACGGACUAACGCGAUUGCGCAAGGUUCUUUAAAUGGGUUUACGGUGAGGUGCAACCGAGAAAAGGUUG